CAGCAGAGUAUGGACCGAGGAAGCAGCCCAAAGCGUCGAAAAAUUGAUACUCGAGAUGAGGAAGAGUUUUCUGUAGCACCGCGUCCAAAGUUUCAAAAGCGACUCCAUCCAAGUUCCGCAGCAUCGUCGCAACGCUCGCGUACGCCUAGGCGCGAUGAACGGCAUCCCCAGAAGUCGUUCGAGGGUACCGAGCCUCUAGUCGAGGAGAUAGACUCCUUGGCUCUCGAUCGAGAUUGGUAUGGCGGCGAGGAAAAUGGACACACUUUUGGAGACGAUACCCACAAUCCAUUCGGUGGUACGGAAAGCGCAUGGCAGGAUGCCCUGCGCGAAGCCGCCCUCACCGAAAAGAAACAGAACAACCGUGCCAGCGCCAGAGCUGUACAAAAGCAGAAAGAUGUGGAUGCCUGGGAAACGAACCGAAUGCUGCAGUCCGGUGUAGCUCAGCAGAGGAAUUUCGAUACAGAUUUCGAAGAUGAUCACGAAUCCACCCGUGUGCACAUCUUAGUCCAUGACCUGAAACCGCCCUUUCUAAACGGUAAAACGGUCUUCACAAAACAAGUUGAUCCGGUUCCGGCAGUGCGCGACCCCCAGAGCGAUAUGGCGGUUUUCAGUCGGCGAGGAAGUGCAGUAGUGAAGGAAAGACGACAAAGGAAAGAGCGCCAGAAGCAGGCGCAGGAGGCUACAAAUAUGGCGGGAACAGCAUUGGGCAACAUUAUGGGCGUCAAGGAAGAUGACGGCGAUAGUGCGGCUCCUGCGCCUGAGGAAGAGAGAAAGAGCGACAACAAAUUCGCGGAACACAUGAAAUCCAGCGAGGGGCAAAGUAACUUCAGUAAGAGCAAGACAUUGCGAGAACAAAGGCAGUAUCUGCCUGCCUUCGCCGUACGAGAGGACCUGUUGCGCGUUAUUCGAGAUAAUCAGGUGGUCAUCGUAGUCGGCCAAACAGGUUCGGGAAAGACUACACAACUAACUCAAUUCCUGCACGAAGACGGGUACGCAAAACACGGAUUGAUAGGAUGCACGCAGCCCCGAAGAGUCGCAGCCAUGAGUGUUGCGAAGCGUGUUAGCGAAGAGAUGGAAGUCAAACUGGGUGGCCUUGUUGGUUAUGCCAUUCGUUUCGAAGAUUGUACAAGUAAGGAGACAAGCAUCAAGUACAUGACAGACGGUGUGUUAUUGCGCGAGUCUCUCGUCGAGCCGGAUCUAGAUAAAUACUCCUGCAUCAUCAUGGACGAAGCACACGAGAGAGCGUUGAACACAGACGUCCUCAUGGGUCUUAUCAAGAAGGUUCUUGCUCGGCGAAGAGAUCUCAAACUGAUUGUAACAUCCGCGACGAUGAACUCUGAGCGCUUCUCGAAAUUUUAUGGAGGGGCACCCGAAUUCAUCAUCCCUGGACGUACCUUUCCUGUCGACAUUCAGUAUUCGCGAUCACCAUGCGAAGACUACGUCGAUAGCGCCGUCAAACAGGUCUUGGCCAUUCAUGUCUCACAAGGUCCGGGAGAUAUACUUGUUUUCAUGACUGGUCAGGAGGAUAUUGAAAUCACCUGCGAGCUGGUCGCGGAACGACUGAAGCUCCUCAACGAUCCACCAAAGCUCAGCAUUUUGCCUAUAUACAGUCAGAUGCCUGCUGAUUUACAAGCCAAGAUCUUCGAUCGAGCGGCGCCAGGUGUGCGUAAGGUCAUUGUUGCAACCAAUAUUGCGGAGACCAGUUUGACGGUCGAUGGUAUCAUGUACGUUGUAGACGCUGGAUUUUCCAAACUCAAAGUCUACAACCCUAAAAUGGGCAUGGAUACGCUCCAGAUCACCCCAAUAUCCCAGGCAAACGCUUCUCAGCGAGCGGGUCGAGCAGGGCGUACAGGGCCCGGCAAGUGUUUCCAUCUCUAUACCGAGCGAGCCUUUCGUGAUGAAUUUUACAUCCAAACCAUUCCCGAAAUCCAACGCACGAACCUCGCCAACACUGUUCUACUUCUGAAGUCUCUCGGCGUCAAGGACUUGUUAGACUUCGACUUCAUGGAUCCACCGCCUCAAGACACAAUAACUACCUCACUGUUCGAUCUGUGGGCUCUAGGAGCCCUAGACAACAUCGGCGACCUCACACCUUUGGGCCGAACCAUGACUUCCUUCCCCAUGGACCCAUCCCUCGCUAAACUAAUCAUAACCUCGAUUGACUACGAAUGCAGCGAGGAAAUGCUCACCAUCGUAUCUAUGCUCAGCGUACCCACCGUCUUCUACCGACCCAAAGAACGCCAAGAAGAGUCCGACUCCGCGCGUGAGAAGUUUUUUGUGGCUGAGUCUGAUCAUCUCACCCUUCUGCACGUCUACACACAAUGGAAAGUAAACGGAUACAGCGACGGCUGGUGCGUCCGACACUUUCUACACCCCAAGGCGUUGCGUCGCGCCAAGGAGAUUCGCGACCAGCUCUUCGACAUCAUGAAACUCCAGAAGAUGCCUUUGAUCAGCUGCGGAACCGACUGGGAUGUGGUUCGUAAAUGCAUCUGCAGCGGGUACUAUCACCAGGCUGCCAAAGUCAAGGGCAUUGGCGAGUACAUCAAUCUCCGUACCAGCGUCACCAUUCAACUUCACCCCACGAGUGCCUUGUACGGUCUCGGAUACCUCCCUGACUACGUCGUCUACCACGAACUCAUCCUCACUUCUAGAGAGUACAUGUCGUGCGUUACUAGCGUUGACCCACACUGGCUAGCAGAUCUGGGUGCUGUUUUCUACUCUAUCAAAGAGAAGGGUUGGUCCGCACGAGAUAAGCGCGUCACGGAGUUUGAAUUCAAUCGGCGCGCCGAACUGGAGGCGCAGAUGGCCAAGGACAAAGAAAAGGAGGAGAAGAGAAUCAAAGAUGAACUAGCCGGCCCAAUAGCUAAACGUCCUGGUGUUGGUGCAGGCAAAAAAGCUGCAGCAAACGGUGGGGAUGGCUUGGUCAAGAAGCCGAUUAUAGGGAAGGCAAGGCGGCGCGGGUUUUAG